AUGAAACGCGGAGCGAAGCGGACGUCGCGAGACGGGGAGGAUGCCCCUGGAGCGCGCAUUCGCACCAAGGAUGCGAAGGAGAUGCUAAAGGAAGAGGAGGCGCUUCGGCAGCGUGAGCUCGAGGAGGCGAAGCGGCAGGUGGAGCUCGAGGACGAUGACGGCAGCUGGGAAGAUGACGAGGGCGACGUUGAGGACUUCGAAGACGACGACGAAGAGGAAAUCAUCGAGGCGAGCGACGAGAACGACGAUGAGUACGCCGAGUUCCAGAAGGAGUCCUCGGCGCACAUUACGAAGGGCCUCAAGUCUAUCUCCUUCAAGGAGGCUGGCCAGGCAGAUUCCGACGACGAUGACGAGACCGGUGGUGCUGCAGCGGUGUCGGUGUGGCGCGGUGACAUCGACGGUGCCACCGUCGGCGAAGCAGAGGGCGGUGAGCCAAUGAAGCUAGAGUUCUCGAACAAGGCCUACGACGCCUUCUUCCAGCUGCGCACCGAGUAUCCCUGCCUGUCCUUCGAUGUCGUGAAGGACAACAAAGAGAACCACACCAAAUACCCGCUUUCCACGGUGCUGGUGUGCGGCACGCAGGCGGAUGAGCAGGCCCGCAAUGAGCUGCUGGUGCUCUACGUAACGAACAUGUGUCGUACCAAGUAUGAUGUAGCCAGUGACAACGAUAGUGAGGAAGAUUACAUCGGUGAAGAGGACGAUAGCGAGGAAGACGAGGACGACGCGGUCGACGAGGACGUGAACGAUGGCGAACCAGUGGUACACCACCGCGCCAUCAAGCACUACGGCACCGCCAACCGCGUGCGCUGCUGCCCGCAGAACAACCCCGCGAGUGGCAGCCAGCUCGUGGCCGUGUGGUCUGACGCAGGCCACGUGCAGGUCUUCGAUAUUGGGUCGGAGGUGCGUGCUCUGACGGACUUCUCGAACUGGUCAAAGGAGCAGGCACAGGUGUGGAAGCAGCAGUCGGAUGGGGGGCAGGGCAAGAAGGCUCAGCCGCUGAAGUUCUGCACUCCGUCGACGUCGCACAAGACGGAGGGCUAUGGACUCGACUGGAGCUCAGUGCAGACGAACGUCUUCGCAUCGGGUGAUUGCGCCGGCUCCCUGUUUGUGUGGCAGCCCACUGACGACGGCCGGUGGAAGAGCGUGGCGAGCAGCAUCGCACCUGGCGCCAUGUCGAUUGAGGAGAUUCAGUGGAGUCCGACGCAGGCAGACGUGCUCAUCACCACCCGUGCCGGCGGUGCAGUGGAGGUGUGGGACACGCGCGACAUGCGGGCCUGCAAAAUUUCUUUUCAGGCGGACUCCUCCGACAUCAACGUGGCUGACUGGAACCGUGCCCGUCAAGCAUCACACCUGCUCGUGACGGGUGCCGAGAGCGGCGCUGUGUCGGUGUGGGAUCUUCGGCGCAUUGCCACUCCGGAGCCGAUCCAGCGCAUCGCACUUCACAAGAAGGCCAUCACAUCCGUGGAGUUUGCGCCACACAACGAGAGCGUUUUGUCUGUUCUCAGCGAUGAUGGAUGCUGCACUCUGUGGGACCUGUCACUCGAGCGCGAUGUUAACGAGGAGCAGGAGGCGGUGGGCGAGUUGUUUAGCGGGAGGCUGAAGGAGUACCCCGAUCAGCUAAUGUUUCAUCAUCAGGGACUGGUACACCCGAAGGAAGCGCACUGGCACAUGCAGGUUCCUGGCCUGGUGGUGACAACGGAUUACGAGGGCCUUCACCUAUUCCGUCCUAUAAACUGGAAGUCGUUGAUGCGCUGA